GCAAGAGCUCUGAGACACCUCUUCAGCGACUAGUAAUUUUCCUUCACUUGUGCUAGUAUUUAUUUACCACCCGUGUGCCAUUUGCAUAGACGAGAUUCUGAUGGUUUUUUCUUUAUGUACUCUGCGUAUACAAAUAAGAUCAUGUUCUUUUAAACUAAGGAUAUAUAGUAGUAGAAGAAUUGGCCGUAUCGAUGGUUUGGGUAAGCAAUACAAAUACAGAAAAACUGUCUUUGAUGAAUGCACGGUGAAUUGGCCAUGUCCAAAAAGCAUACUGUACGUCUAUAUCAUUAGGCAUUCGCUAGAUUCUUCAGCUGAUCCACUUAGAGUACAUAUGUAAAGUGCGCCUGGAUUGGAUGCUUUACGUGUGUGUAGGACAAUUAAACAACGUAACGAGCUAGUAGCUAGCUGACAGAAAAAAGACAAAAUUAAGGGAGAAAAUGAGAUGCAUGGAGCUGGACAGCCAGAGAAGAUGCGCGACAUAUAGAAAGCUCGCACGCGCACACAUCUCAGUCAUCUAGUAGUAGUACCAUUCAUCUUCUCUUUUCAUAAAAGGAAAGAAAGAAAUUUGUUUGCUUUUCGAGCUUUUAUUUACUUCUUGUCUAACAGCUUCAUCUUAAAUAAUAAUACAUGCUGUUUGACCAUCAACUAUAUAGAGUGGAGUACUCCCUACCAAAAGGUAUUUAAAUGUGCCACGAGAUUGUCUUCAUGGUAGAACAUAUUCCUUUUUUAAUUUCCCGUUAGAAUCAGUAGUGCCAAUUAAUAGGAGUUUAUACCAAAUUAAGGCACCAAUAUAAUGCAAACCCACUGAAUACAUGACACGACUUUAUUCAUGAGGAGUAUUUGUCUGUCUAUGUGUAUCUUUUGUAGUGAGCGAGCUUUUUUGCUUUAGUCAAUUUCCUCCGAGGAUAAGACAGAGAGAAAGUAGUAAAGCCACCUAUGAUGCAUAUGUAUGCAGGAUGAAGAAUCUUGAGUAUAUCCAUCUUAAUACGUACCAUUUUCUUGCUUUAUUGAGAAAUACUGUUAUUAGAGGGUUGAUUUGCAUGCAUGUAUGUGGAUACUAUUACUAGGUAAAUAAUAGCUUGAUUAAGAAGAAAUUGUAAGAAAAUAGAAAUUAGAUUCGGGAAUGCAGGUAGCAACAUAUUGAGGGGGAAGGGAAGCACAUAAUAUUGUGUCAUGCUUUUGGCGUCCGGCCCUCCAAUUAAGGAGCAAUUAAGGAGGAGAAGGAAGGGAAAACCACCCAAACAGUUAUGAAAAAUUUUGACAAUACUCAUACACAUAACUAUACAACUCUACAAAAUCUUAGGUCCAAACUCAAUUCACACGCUAAGAUAUAAAAAAGUACUGUUCACAUCUAAAUUUGUUUUUUUUUGUUUCUUGAUGUGUAGAUUGAAUGUGAACUUCAUUUUCGGUAGACCAAUAGAUAUCUAUAUACUCUACAUUGUAAAUUUUUUUUUAAAUUUUUCAUAACUAUUUAUAUCAAAUUUGGAAGAAAAAAACAUACGGGAAAACAUCUUCUCGAGAGAUUAAAAUCCACUCUAUGGAAGCAAUCUAUUUCACUAGUCCGGUCAGAGAAUGAAAUGAAGAGAUGAUAGUAUACUGAUCUAGUUGGGAUCCUGGAUUAAAGCAGCUGAUGAACAAUCAGGUGGUGUUCUUUUCUUCUUAAGAUGAAGAUUAAGUUUUUACGUAAAACAAGAUAGUAUUAACAUUAACGUAUGAUUACAAACUUGAAAAAUAGAUUAAUAUAAUAUUAAAGAGCAACUUUCAUAUAGAAAGUUUUCGCACGAAAUGUACCGUUUAGCCGUUUGAAAAAUGUGCCACGAAAAUCUUAUUCUUCAUACAACUCUUAUUGGUGAAAAGAAAGGUACCUCACUGUCAGUAAGCUGGGCUUGUGUUGUGAUAGCGCUCAGGCCACACAUCUCUGCAGCUUGCCGCCGCCUCCUCCUUCGUAGGGACUGAUUAGUAUAUGUGCAGUGCAAGGUAGCUUCCGGUUUCAGUCUUGAGCUAGCACAGCAUUAAUUAAACCACCAACCCAAAUAUUGUUCGAUCGAUCUGCAUCUGCUAGCUGCUGCUGCUGCUGCUUUUUCUUCUUCUUCUACUGGAUCGAGAGAGAGAGAGAGAGAAAGAAAGAAAGAAGAUUAUAUAUAUUAACAAUGGCCAUCGGAGCGUUCGUCGAAGGAGGCGGCAGUGGGUACAGCGGGCGCGUGACUCCGUUCGUGGUGCUGUCGUGCAUCGUCGCCGGCAGCGGUGGCAUCCUCUUCGGCUACGACCUCGGCAUCUCAGGUGGGGUAACGUCGAUGGAGCCGUUCCUGAAGAAGUUCUUCCCGGACGUGUACCAUCAGAUGAAGGGGGACAAGAAGAAGGUGAGCAACUACUGCCGCUUUGACAGCGAGCUCCUCACCGUCUUCACCUCCUCCCUCUACAUCGCCGGCCUCGUCGCCACUCUCGUCGCCUCCUCCGUCACCAGGCGCUUCGGCCGCCGUGCCUCCAUACUCAUCGGCGGCUCCGUCUUCGUCGCCGGCUCCGUCUUCGGCGGCGCCGCUGUCAACAUCUACAUGCUCAUCCUCAACAGGGUCCUGCUCGGCAUUGGACUCGGCUUCACCAACCAGUCGAUCCCGCUGUAUCUGUCGGAGAUGGCGCCUCCGCAGCACCGUGGCGCCAUCAACAACGGGUUCGAGCUGUGCAUCAGCAUCGGCAUCCUCAUCGCUAACCUCAUCAACUACGGCGUGGACAAGAUCGAGGGCGGGUGGGGGUGGAGGAUCUCCCUGUCCAUGGCCGCCGUCCCCGCGGCGUUCCUCACCGUGGGCGCGCUGUUCCUGCCGGAGACGCCCAGCUUCGUGAUCCAGCGCAGCGGCGACGUGGACUCGGCUCGGGCGUUGCUGCAGCGGCUGCGCGGCACGGCGGCGGUGCACAAGGAGCUGGAGGACCUGGUGAUGGCGAGCGAGGUGUCCAAGACGAUCAGGCACCCGCUGCGGAACAUGCUCCGGCGUCGGUACAGGCCGCAGCUGGUGAUCGCGGUGCUGGUGCCCCUGUUCAACCAGGUGACCGGGAUCAACGUGAUAAACUUCUACGCGCCGGUGAUGUUCCGGACGAUCGGGCUGCGGGAGAGCGCGUCGCUGAUGUCGGCGGUGGUGACGCGGGUGUGCGCGACGGCGGCGAACGUGGUGGCGAUGGCGGUGGUGGACAGGCUGGGGAGGAGGAGGCUGCUGCUGGUGGGAGGGGUGCAGAUGCUGGUGUCGCAGGUGAUGGUGGGGGCGAUCCUGGCGGGCAAGUUCAGGGAGCACGGGGAGGAGAUGGAGAAGGAGUACGCGUACCUGGUGCUGAGCGUCAUGUGCGUCUUCGUCGCGGGCUUCGCCUGGUCGUGGGGGCCCCUCACCUACCUGGUCCCCGCCGAGAUCUGCCCUCUGGAGGUGCGGUCGGCGGGGCAGAGCAUCGUCAUCGCCGUCAUCUUCCUCCUCACCUUCCUCAUCGGCCAGACCUUCCUCGCCAUGCUCUGCCACCUCAAGUUCGCCACCUUCUUCCUCUUCGCCGCCUGCCUCUGCGUCAUGACGCUCUUCGUCUUCUUCUUCCUCCCUGAGACCAAGCAGCUGCCCAUGGAGCAGAUGGAUCAGCUCUGGAGGACGCAUUGGUUCUGGAAGAGGAUCGUCGGCGACUCCCCCCAACAACAAGUAGUCGAGCUACACCACCACCACCAAAGAUCAUCAUCAGAAUAAACAAACUAAAUCACUAAACACGCCUUCCACCUAAGUAUAUACGCAUCAUACCCUAUAUAAUAUAAUAUGCAUGUAUUAAUUAACUGAUGAUCGACUGUAUGCAUAAUGCAUGUACACUACUACUACAUAUAUACAACAGCAACAGUCAGCCAGCCGCCCACAAUAAGAUCAGCCCAGCUCAAUUGCACCUUAAUUAGUUAAUUAAGAGGCUGAUCACAAAAUAAUUACUCCAUAUGUGCAACCAUUUGUGGCCUCACGCCUUGUUAACUCUCUGUAACAGUAUUACUAUGCAUAUAUAUAAUUUGCAUAAUGGAAGAUGUUUCCUCUAUAAAGUUGUCCGUAUUUAAAUUGGUUGGACAUCACCCAUAUCCAAUCAACAUGAG